AUGGCCCUAAAUCGCAUCAACGGGCGCGAAGAUCUUUUCGUGGGAGGCAUCUUCGGCGUCAAUCGUGGCCGCCUAAUCGAAGAAAACAAGAUCACGCAUAUCCUCUCCGUCAUCAACUACACUCUGCCCGCCGACCCUGCGUUCCGCAACGUUCAGCAUAUCAGCAUCGACAUUGACGAUGUAGAGGAGUCCGACAUUCUCGUUCAUUUCCCCAAGAUGGUCCGCUUCAUCGAGCGCGGACUGUAUGGGGAUGAAGCAGCUUCGAUAACCCUCGGGGGAGGGAAUGCGCCGCCUACGACCACGAAGACGAGCGCAAAGACUGACGACGACGAUGCCAUAACUGCCGCGCCACCCACGACCACGACCACUGAACCCCCAUUACAACCACAACAAUCACAACCACAACCAGGCGCAGUCCUAGUGCACUGCGCCAUGGGCAAAUCCCGCUCCGUCUCCGCCAUCGUCGCCUACCUCCUCUGGAAACACCCGCACCGCUUCGGACGCUCCGACCCCUCCACGCCCGCGCGCCGCGCCGUCACGCAAGCCGUCAACUGGGUCCGCCAAACACGGCCCAUCGCCGAGCCCAACGACGGGUUCAUGUCGCAACUUGAGCUGUGGUGGACCAUGGGGUGUCCAACCGAAACGGACGACGCGGUCGAAACCAGUCCCGUUUACCAACGGUGGCUUUACAAGCGCGAGGUGGAGGACGCAACGCGCAUCGGGCGAGUGCCGGACUGGAUCCGGUUCGAGGACGAGGAGGCUUUCAAGGAAGGAGGAAACAAGGUACAGGUAGACGGAGCAGGUGCGGCGGCGUCGAGUCUAAGUCUCAGAUGCAAGAAAUGUCGGCGGACGCUGGCUACCAAGCCAUUUAUCGUUUCCCACCAGGGUACGGGCGAAAAGGAGGAAAGAAAGGACUGCGGGCAUUACUUCGUCGAAGCGCUCUCGUGGAUGCGCCCCACGCUGGAGCAGGGCGAGCUGGAAGGCAGGCUGACGUGUCCGAACCAAAAGUGUCUGGCGAGCGUGGGCAGGUAUACAUGGCAGGGGUUCAGGUGUAGCUGUGGCGAUUGGAUCGCGCCGGCGUUCUCGCUGCAGAAGAGCAAAGUGGAUGAGGCGACGGUGGCGCCGCAUCCGGGUGGUGUUAGGACGGGGCCCGGUGGUGGUGGUGGUGGUGGUGCGGCCGAUAUGGCGGCAAGGAUGGCGGCGUUGGGGAUUAGGAUGCCGGCUGGUGGUGGAAGGUUACCAGUUGGUGGUCAGGGUGGUCACAAAGAUGGGGAGGGCACGACGGCGGUGGCGGGUGGGCCGAAGGAGAACCUCUGA